GAUAUGUGACUUAUUAUAGAGUGAAAAGAUACCAUAUUUAAUUGUGAUAUUAAACUUAUUUGGGCCAAGGUCUAUUUCAAUGCCUUAAACAAACUUUAACUAAAUAUAACAGUAACAAAUGUAUACAUUAUAACAGCGGAUAAAUUAAUUAAGCAUGUGUUGAGGUUGCAAUGCGUUGCUUUUAGGAUUACAUAUAACUUGCACACACACACACCAUUAGAGUUGUGGUCGUUGUGCUUAUAGUUGUUUUUGUGAAUUUUUGGCGGCCGAUAUUUUGAACGGACUUAAACCACACAUCGGAUAGUUUGGGCCUAACGUGUGAAGUUAACAAUAUGUGCAGAGCGUAUGCUUUGCUUAGACAUAGGCUUAAAUGAAGACAUCUAGGAUGUAGGAGCAAUCCAAAUGUAGAAUUAGUAGAGAAUUAAUAUAAACAUGUAAUGUCAACUUAGAGAACAAUGAAAUAUAAUUCUAGCUUGUAAAGAAUGCCCGGCAUUCGAUAUAUAAACUGAGCUAAAUUUCGUACGGAAAAUAUAUAGGAACUCUAUCGGACUAAAAUAUAGUCUCUUUAUACAUGUAAACUCAUAUAAUCUCUUUAUACAUGUAAACUCAUUUCGUUGAUCAACUUAAAAUUAAUAAGACUAUACAUGGCGAGUGAUGACAGAUCUUCACUACAGAGCCCACCGAUCAACUGGUCGCCCCAGGACCAAAUGGACGAGGAGGUGCGGGUUGAGGACCGGGAACAGAACUUCGAGAUCACACGGAGGCAGAUCAAGGUCCCGGAUGCCGGCACCUAUUCGGGGUUCAGUUUCCGGAAGUUGUGGGCGUUCACGGGCCCGGGGUUCCUGAUGAGUAUCGCAUACCUGGAUCCCGGCAACAUAGAGUCCGACCUUCAGGCCGGGGCCAUCGCCAAGUAUAAGUUGCUAUGGGUGCUGAUGUGGUCCACGGUUAUGGGCCUGGUCCUGCAACUGCUCGCGGCGCGCCUCGGCUGCGUGACUGGCCUCGAUCUUGCGGAAGUGUGCCGCCACGAGUUCCCGCUGGUUCCCCGACUCGUGCUAUGGAUCAUGAUGGAGAUCGCCAUUAUCGGCAGCGACAUCCAGGAAGUGAUCGGCUCCGGCAUCGCCAUCAACCUGUUGUCUUCUGGAAAGGUACCGAUAUGGGCAGGGGUACUAAUCACCGGCGCCGACACGUUCACGUUCCUCUUCCUUGAGAACUACGGGCUCCGGAAGUUGGAGGCGUUCUUUGGCGCGCUCGUUACCACAAUGGCGGGAACCUUCCUCUACAUUUAUAUCACGGUGGUACCCAGCCAGACGGAGAUCCUCAAGGGCCUCGCCAUCCCCUGGUGCCAGGACUGCGACAAGUCCCAAGUCCAGCAACUCGUCGGCAUCGUCGGCGCUGUCAUCAUGCCCCACAACCUCUACCUACACAGCGCCCUUGUACAGUCACGUGAUAUAGACCGGAAGAACAAACACGCCGUUAAGGAAGCAAACAUGUACUAUGCAAUCGAGUCAACUAUAGCGCUGCUGGUGUCGUUCAUCAUUAACAUGUUUGUGAUGGCGGUGUUCGCUUCCGCUUUCUCCGACCGUGCCGACAAGGAAGAUGCCAGUCUGCGUCUCGCGGGCGACUGGUUGUACGAGCGGUACGGCUUCACUAUGAAGGUCAUCUGGGGGGUCGGCAUCCUGGCGGCGGGGCAGAGCUCCACCAUGACGGGAACAUACGCGGGGCAGUUUGUAAUGCAGGGUUUUAUUAAUAUUAAAUGGGCCAAAUGGAAGCGAGUGUUGCUGACGCGGUCGAUAGCCAUGGUGCCGACCAUAGUGGUGGCAAUAAUUGCUACAAGCGAUCUUGACGCCAUGAACAACUGGCUCAACGUCUUGCAGAGCGUUCAACUUCCGUUCGCGCUACUUCCGGUACUUCAUUUCACCAGCAGUGAACGCAUCAUGGGCGAUUUUAAAAAUGGCAGGAUAUUAAAAGUGGUUGUGUGGUGUCUAGCUGCGCUCGUUAUGAUCAUCAACUUCUAUCUUGUGAUCCUUUUUGUGGGCGCAGGGGACGCCUGGUGGGUCUACCUGGUCACCGCAGUCGUUCUCUUCAUUUACAGCUGCUAUGUGCUUUAUAUUGCAAUUGGCCCGGACAAUGUUUUAAGACUACGAUUAUUUAUCGGCGAGAAACGAGGUGUCGACUGCUCCCACAUCGUGGCGGAAAGGGAACAGAGGCGAUCCAUGAGGUACCUACCUGAUGCAGACGAUGAACCAUCUGGCAUGAACUACAGAAGAAUGAGAAACGACGAGGCGUGAAGAACGGUGUUCUCUUAAAGACAUCGCUAAAUCAAAUGGGACACUAACGGUUCAUCGAAGUAUCUGUUAAAUUUCGUGAAGGUUACAGAGUAUGUGUACCCAUGAGUAUAUGUAGGUUUCUUUAUGCAGCAAUGCUAAACUGUGAUAUUUCAUUUAUUUUAAACCUCUCGUACGUUGUGUGAAUAUGGAACCAGUUGAACUAGUCUUACCUAAGGCAAUAUUAAGACAGGUUUAUCUACUAUUUUGGUGCAUUAAAAUACAUGCAAUAUAGCAAAAAAAAAACAACGCUUUAUUAAAAUAGUAUGACGAACAUGAUAU